CUCGUGACUCAUAGAUGACUGCUCUCUCUCUCUGUGUCACUGAGUUGUUCACUGUAGGGUAUAGAGAGACUUCAUACUAAAAUAUAAGCACUGGCACUUAGGUUAUACCAAAACCUCGGGUCAACCUUUUGCUGAUCCAUGGAGAAGAUGGCAUCUCCUCUCUAGGUUUCCUUUAGUGUACACAUAGUCUGGGUCACCCAGGGUCCAAAUGGAAAGGAUGGCUAUGACAUUGGAAAAGUUCACCCGCUCUCUUGAUGCCAAGUCUCUCCCUAGAGUACUGCAGAUACAAUCUGGAUAUUAUUUCCAAGGUUCUGUGUAUGAGCUGUUUGGAAGAGAGUGGAGUUUCUCCUAUGGAGAGCUCCUGAAGAUCAUUGGGAUCAGUGUCACCAGACUCAUUGUGGAACUUCAGUCUGAGGGUUCCAAAUCUAUGACAGUAGAUCUAUCUCUCGACUAUCCAGGCCUUUUCAGGAUCGUGGCCGACAAGAGGCCAUACGCCAGUAUACAGGAGAUUGUUGACUCAGUGUGUAUCAGCCCUGAGUGCCUGGGCCAGCCAGAGUUCCGCUGCCCUGAGGAACUACAGCUGGCUGAGGGGACCAUCCAGGCUGAGGAGAGCUUCAGAAUCACUGCUCUUAGGACGAAGCACGGAGACAGCCAUGUUGACUGUGAGGUCACGCGGAAAGACUCCAAGCACAUCUUCACUGUGAAGCUCUCGCACACUGGGGAGUUCUAUGAGUGUGCCGACGACCAGUUCUACACCCUCAGGGAGCUGGUGGAAUGGAAAAUGCCCAAAGGAAGGAAAAGGACAGUGACUUGGGCCAAGUCUUUGCCAUCAAAGGAGAAGUGUGUGUCUAAGUUGCCAGAGGACUACAGCGGAGAUCUGGUUCUCACACCUGUCUAUGAGCUCCAGACUGUGUCCAAGUUUGGGAAGAACGUUGUUUUCAUCCCAUCUACCCUUGACGUUGAGGUGUUGGACGUAACCGAGGAGAGUGACGGUGCCUGUUUCAUGCAGCCUCUGUCACUCCGUGAUGUCUUUGCCAAGCCGAGCGAGGUCUUCCCCUUCAGGGCUGAGAUCAUAGAGCCACCAUCACAAGUUCAGGAGGAAUUGGGUUUCCUGACGUCCUCUAAGCAAGUCAUUGUCCACAGUGCCUACCAGACCAAGAGGAUCCUAGCGUCUGAGAUCCGCAGUGAGGCCCAAAGACGCUUCCUCAUUCCAGUGUCUUACAACGGAAGGUUCAAGCGCAGGCCCCGGAUGUUCCCCACAGCAUAUGACCUAGAGGUAGCCAAGAGUGACAUGGAGCAGCUCCACGUGGUGGCUACCAGGGCCUUUGAGGCCGACUACGAGGGGCUGUCCUCGGUACUGGUGGGAGACCAGUACCUGGUCCACAAAAGGGAGACCAGCGAGGUGAUCUAUGGUGGCAGGAGAAAGACGGUGGAGGCCCUGGCCUGUGAGAAGAUGGUGGGGAAGAAGUACAAGGCCGUGCUGAUCCCCAUGUGUCUGGAUGGCGGCUUUGUGGAGGUGGUCCACGACAAGAAGCAGUACAUGCUCUCAGAGGUCUGCCACAGGUUCUCCCUGCCCUUCAACGUCAAGGUGUCUAUGAGGGACCUCUCAGUGAUGGAGGACCUCCUGGCUGGGGCCACAGGGCUGCAGCUGGAGGAGGAGAUCACUGACCCCUACCUUCUUGUCUCCACCCCGGACCUGGCCCAGUGCUGGGAGGUGCCUGUCAACCGCAUCAACAUGACCCUGCAGCUCCUGCAGCAGUGGAGCGGCCCAGAGCCGACCCAGGGCAAGGCUGUCUGCUCGGCUGUGGAGGAGAUAGGAGAGGACUGCUAUUUUACCCUGAGGAGGUACGUCAACGCCAGUGUGCUGCCUCCCCCUCGACCACCCAAGAGACAUCAACAGCCCUUAGAAGACACAUUGAAACUGCAGCCUCCCAGGCCAAAGAAGCCAGACCCCCCCUCUCCAAAGAGCCCACAUACAGCCAAACCAGCCAUGCCUAGCCCUAGUUCGUCUGAUUGUGCAGAACAGAACACCUCUAUACCAAGAAAUGAAACGUCCCACACAAGUCUGGUUGCAGUGCCUAAACCAGGCCCACAAAAAGCCAUUGUUGAAGAAAACAGUCCUCACAACAAUACAAUUGAACAGGAUGAUGAAUACACUCAUGAUUAUGAAUACAUUGAUGAGGAUGAACUUGACAGCAUCAGGAGAAAAUUUAAUGACCAAAGUAUUCACAUAACAGACAAGAAGAAAUCAGAAAAAAUAUGCCAUGCAGACUGCAAAACAGGUUUAGUAUAGAAGUGAAUGAUUGGUUUUGAUGACUAUCUAAUACAUAUCUAACCCAAGCUCAAAGUCUACCCCCAUAUUGUUUGUGUAAAGAUCAAUACAAAUGUUGGCAUGUGAGAUAUGCUGUACAGUGCCUUCAGAAAGUAUUCACACUUUUUCCACAUUUUGUUGUUACUAAGUGGUAUUAAAAUGCAUUUCAUUGUCACUUUUUUUGUCAACGAUCUACACAAAAUACUCUGUAAUGUAAAAAUGGAAGAAAAAUUCUAACAUUUGUAAAAGAUUCAUGAAAAAUAAAACACUAAUAUAUCUUGAUUAGAUAAGUAUUCAACCCCCUGAGUGUUAGAAUCACCUUUCUGGUUAAGUCUAAGAGCUUUCCACACAUGGAUUGUGCAACAUAUUCCCAUUAUUAUUUUCAAAAUACUUCAAGCUCUGUCAAAUUGGUUGUUGAUAAUUGCUAGACAACCAUUUGCAGAUCUUGCCAUAGAUUUUCAAGCACAUUUAAAUUGAAACUGUAACUUGGCUUGAAUGGAACAUUCACUGUCUUCUUGGUAUGCAAUUCCAGUGUAUAUUUGGCCUUGUUUAAGUUUAUUGUCCUGCUAAAAGGUGAAUUAAUCUGCCAGUGUCUGGUGGAAAGCAGACUAAACCAGGAUUUCCUCUACAAUUUUGUCUGUGCUUAGCUCCAUUCCAUUUAUUUUUAUCUGUAAAAACUCCCGUCUUUAAAGAUUACAAGCAUACCCAUAACAUGAUGCACCCACCACUAUGCUUGAAAACGCAGAGAGUGGUACUCAAUAAUGUGUUGUAUUGGAUUUGCCUGAAACAUAACACUUUGUAUUCAGGACAAAAAGUGAAUUGCUUUGCAACAUUUUCUGCUGUAUUACUUUAGGACCUUGUUGCAAACAGGAUACAUGUUUUAGAAUAUUUUGUAUUCCUUCUUUUCAAUCUGUCAGUUAGGUUAGUAUUGUAGAGUACCUACAGUGUUCUUGAUCCAUCCUCAGUUUUCUCCUAACACAG